UGGGGCGUGGGAGCCCGCUGAGGGGAAGGGGCGCCAGAGGAGAAAGGCAGCGGCCGUCCCUCCACAGCCCCCCGAGGGCGUCUGCGACCCUCCGGGGACUUGCGAACUCUCGAGGCAGUCUUGGAAGCUGUAUUUCAGCUGCCUAAGACAACUUCACACCAAAUAAUGUAACAGAAAAGAUCAGGAAACAUUAAGCAAAUAGAAGUGAGGAACAUUUUAAGCAAAAUGAACAUUCCUGGAAGCAGUUGCGAAAGCCCUAAUUCUUCAGAAACAUCUAAUGACUUUAAGGACUUUUGGACAAAGUUGAAAGAGUGUCAUGAUAAAGAAGUACAAGGUUUACCAGUAAAAGUAACUAAACUGAAAAAGGAACAAAUUUUAGAUGCACAAAGACUGGAAGAGUUCUUCACCAAAAAUCAACAGCUGAGAGAGCAACCGAAAGUCCUUCAGGAAACCAUUAAAGUUUUAGAAGAUCAGUUAAGAGCAGGAUUAUGUGAUCGUUGUGCAGUAACUGAAGAACGUAUGAGGAAAAAACAGCAAGAAUUUGAAAAUAUCCGACAACAGAAUCUUAAACUUAUUACAGAGCUUAUGAAUGAAAAGAAUAUUCUACAGGAAGAAAAUAAAAGGCUUUUGGAACAACUACAACAGAAAAUGGAGAAUGAUCAACAACAUCAGCAACUGAGCUUGGAUGGGGAAUAUGAGGAAUAUGUUAUUCCAGAUUCACCAAUAACAGCCUUUUCAUUUUCUGGCAUCAACCGACUACGAAGAAAAGAGAACCUCCAUGUCCAAUACACAGAACAGACACAUAAUAAAGUAGAGCACUCUGUGGGCGCAAAUGAAUUGAGAAAAGUGUCGAAGCCUUUAACUCACCCACAACAUCCUAAUGAAAAUGAAAUACUCGUAGCUGAUACUUGUGAUCAAAGUCAGUCUCCAGUGGCUAAAACACAUGGAACCACCGCGGCGCCGGCUGAUAAGUCAUCUUUUAACUUAGCUACAGUUGUUGCUGAAACACUUGGACUUGGUGUUCAAGAAGAAUCUGAAUGUCAAGGUCCAAGGAGCCCUUUUGGUGAUGAGCUCUAUCCCUGUGUGGAAGGAAAUCACAAGAAGCAGCCUUUUGAGGAAUCCACAAAAAUUAGUGAAGAUUGUUUAAGGUUUUCAGAUUCUACUUCAAUGAUUCCUUCUCAAGAAGAAGUGUCGACUCGGGUGUCAUCUCCUGUAUUUGGAGCUACCUCUAAUGUGAAAACUAGUUUAGUUUUGAAUACAAGUUUAUCCCCUUCUCUUUUAGAGACUGGGAAAAAAAAAAAACAUCUGAAAUUGGCCCCUUUUAACAAUACUUCGGUUUCAAGAUCAGAGAGAACUAGAUCAAAAUCUGAGGACAGUGUCCUUUUCACACAUCGUAAUCUAGGGUCUGAAGUGAACAAGGUCAUUAGCCAAUCAUCUUCUAAUAAGCAGAUGCUUUUAAGCAAAAAUGUAAGUGAAUCCACUGAUGAACAGGAGAGGGCUGAUCAUACUGAAGAUUCUAUUACUGAUAAAGCUUUGGUGCCCUUGAAAUCACUGGGAGGCAGAGCAUCCAAAAGGAAGAAAACUGAGGAGGAAAAUGAACUUGAAGUCAGCUUCCCUCAAGCCUCUUUUGAUAAAGAAAAUCCUUUUCCUUUUCCAAGAGUCAGUCACUUUCCCUUGAAUGGGGAUUAUAUGGUGGAUAAACCUCUAGAUCUGUCAGAUCGGUUUUCAGCUUCUCAUCGGCAAGAGAAGAGCCAAGGAAGUGAGACCUCUAAAAACAGACUGAGACAAGUGACUCUAUAUGAGGCCUGGAAACCCAUUCCCAAGGGCUCUUCCUCAAGCCGCGAGGCUCUGGGUGGGAGCUACAUGUUACCCAAAGAUUCCCCAGAAGAGCCCCAUUCACAGGGGUGCACCCUCCAGUCCUUGAGUGAAUGCUCUCCAGAAAAUAAAAUACCAUUACAAAUAAAAGAAGAAAAUCCUGUCUUCAAAAUUCCUCUACGUCCACGUGAAACUUUGGAAACAGAAAACAUUGAUGACAUGAAGGGUGCUGGUUCUCAUGAGCCAAUAAGAAUAAAAAAUAGGUCUGUCCAGGGAGGAUGUGAACUUGCAUCAGUUCUUCAGUUAAAUCCGUGCAGAAUGGCUAAAGCAAAGCCUCUGCAGAACAACCAAAAUGUAUCCUUUGAAAAUAUCCAGUGGAGUGUAGAUCCAGGAGCAGACCUUUCUCAGUAUAAAAUGGGUAUCACUGUAAUAGAUACAAAGGAUGGCAGUCAGUCAAGAGUAGGAGGAGAAACAGUAGACAUGGACUGCACAUUGGUCAGUGAAACCACACUUUCAAAAAUGAAGAAGCAAGAGCAGAAGGGAGAAAAAAGUCCAAAUGGAGAAAGAAAAAUGAAUGAUAGCCUGGAAGAUAUGUUUGAUCGAACAACACAUGAAGAAUAAUGUUUGGCAGAGAGCUCCCCCCAAACAGCUGAAGAAGAGGAGGAAUUGUCUACGACUAAAGGGAAACCAAACACUCAUGGUGAUAAACAAGAUAAAAUUAAGCACAAAGCAUUUGUGGAGCCCUAUUUUAAAGAUGAUGAGAGAGAAACUGGCUUACAAAAUUUUCCUCAUAUUGAGGUGGUUCGGAAAAAAGAAGAGAGAAGAAAAUUGCUUGGGCACACGUGUAAGGAAUGUAAAAUUUAUUAUGCAGGUUUGCCAGCAGAAGAAAGAGAAAAGAAGUUGGCUUCCUGCUCAAGACACCAAUUCUGUUAUAUUCCACCCAGCACACCAGAGAAUUUCUGGGAAGUUGGUUUUCCAUCCACUCAGACUUGUGUGGAAAGAGGUUACAUUAAGGAAGAUCUUGAUUCUUGUCUUCGUCCAAAAAGACAGCAGUCUUACAACGCAAUGUUUUCUCCAAAAGGCAAGGAGCAGAAGACGUAGAUGUUGAUGCAAAAAUAGAAGAAUAGAGGAUGGUUUUUCUUUUUAGUUAUUUAUAAUUAAAGUUGGUAUUAAACAUUUGAUUUUUUGAAUCUCCUAUAAAUUGACUUAUGAAUCAGUUUUCUAUUGAAAAUGUUUUA